GGGGCUGGGGCCAGCGGCUCUCGUGCCCGGUGAGGCUGGGAGGCAGCGCCGGCUUUAGGCCUGUUCCAGCAGUUCCCCGAAUCGGGCCCGCCCCCCCCUGGCGAGAGGCGCCUUUGUGAUGUUUGCUCAGCUGGCGGCACUUCCCUCGCGGGUCCAUCGCUUACUCUGGGUCCUUCAGUGCCGCUGGAAGCAGUGACGGACCCGCCGAAGUGCCGCCAAAGACUCGGAGCACCAGCGGGGAAUGCAAGCCCCGCCUGUGCUUUACACGGGUUUUUUUAAAGUCACCCCUGCCAGGGCCCCACGGAAGCUGUUUGACUUGGGCCCCGCACUUCCUAAAGCCGGCCCUGCUGUGCGGGCAUUGCUCCGUGGCCGUGGCCCAGCAUCCCUGGCUGUGUAGUCUGAUUAGCGGGGGUUAGUCUCAAAGCUUGCCAAGCCUGUUGUAACCCAGCUGCCCCCAGCUGUUCACUGCAGCCGGUCCGCCAGAGCAAGCCUGGCUGGGCUGGGCCCUCGGGUGGGGCUCAGAGCAGGAAGCGAUUCCCUUAAGCCAGGGAUCCAGCCCGAGAGCUCGGUCACAUCCAUGGGGCUGUAUUGCUAGCCAGGCAGGGGCUGGCAGUGCCCACCCUUGGGUUUUGGGCAGGUGGGUGCUGGUAGUGGAUGGGUUGGUUUCUGGGCUGUCUGUGCCCUCCCUUGGGUCAUGGGCAGGCUGAUUGCUGGGCUGUGUGUCCUUGUCUGGCCAGUUCUUGCCCUGCCUUGUUUCACUUCCUCAUUCCUGCUGCCGGGUGAGCCUGGAUUCUCAGCUAGAGCAACAUGGCAGAACCCGGCCGAACCCAGCGGAAGAUGUCCCGGGCUGGGGAGAGUUUGUACAGAGUCCUGGGCCUGGAGAAGGGGGCUUCUUCAGAGGAGAUCAAGAAGGCAUACAGGAAAUUGGCCCUGAAGUACCACCCGGACAAGAACCCCGAGAAUCCCGAGGCAGUGGAGAAGUUCAAGGAGAUCAACAAUGCGAACGCGACGCUGAAUGAUGAGAACAAGCGGCGGAUCUAUGAUGAGUAUGGCUCCAUGGGGCUCUACGUGGCGGAGCAGUUCGGUGAGGAGAGUGUCAAGUACUACUUCCUUAUGUCCAAGUGGUGGUUCAAGGCCUUGGCCGUGUGCUGUGGCAUCUUCACCUGCUGCUGCUGCUGCUGCUGUUGCUGUUUCUGCUGCGGGAAAUGCCGUCCGCCUGAGGACGAGGACUCCUACAAGUACGUCAACCCCGAGGACCUGGAGGCGCAGAUCCAAGCUGAGGCUGAAGACACCCAGACACCCAUUGUGGUGCAGCCCCUGCCUGCAGCAGCUGGAGAGGAGCCGCUGCCAGACGCCAGCCUCAGGACUGACGCAUGAGGCCGACUUCGACCUGCUGACUGCCUGUCCCCUCGCCUGGACUCUGGGUGGGAACCCCACUGGAACUGCCGCUGCCUGGGGUUCCUGGCCCCUGUGCUGUGGGCAGCCAGGCCACUUGGCUGCGGCUUGAAUCUCAGGUAAACUGGCAACGCCUUUGGGGCGGCCAUUCCUGCAAGGACUCACUCCUGCGGCCUGCGCCUGCCCAAGGCUCCUCGUGCUGUGACUUCUCUGGCUGCUGCAGCAGCCUGCUGACUAGCCAGGCUCCCUGCGCUGGCAUUGCUGCCCAAGGAACCUGAGACUGGAAACCCCUGGGUAACCCCCCCACAGAAGGCUGCACUGCUGCACAGCCCCUGUCCCUGCCUCGGCCGGUCACCCAGCACCAGCACCUGCCUGGCUUCUCCCCAGCCGGGCCCCUCCCCCCACAACCCAGUGUUUACAGCUGUGCGGAUGCCGAGCUCGCCGGCCCUGGCCUCAGAAGCACAAGCUUGUGCCCCAGCCGUGCAGCCUGGAGGCAAAUGAGACCAACCCCACUGUAACUAGCCCAUGGAGACAGGGCAGCCACAGGCUGAGCCUGCCAGGCGCCCUGCUCCUCCAGGGGCCUAUCCCUUCCCUGUGUUGGGUGCCAAACACAGCUCUCCGGGCAGGCGUGGUCCUGGCAGACAGUGCACUCGCUGCCUACUUGCACUGUGGCUUGCUGCCCCACCCGGAGGCAGCACCCCCUCCCUCAGUGCUCCUGGCCUGGCCUGCACGUGGCACAGACAGAACCUCAGUCACUGUGUCUGAGCCUCAUGGGUGUCUCUGCCGGUGCCCUGGGGCCCACUGGGAUGGUGUGUCAGGGCAAUAAAGGAACCUGUUGGCUGCAUUUGGUGGCACCAUUAAAGGCUGCUGGAGGGCUUGUCUCUCACCGUGGUCUUUGCCCUGCCAGCACCGCUCUGAGUCCA